AUGGACCCGCUCGAGAAUGCCAUCACAGGAGCUGUGGCAUCUUCCAUUGCGGAUACCGUUGUGUACCCGUUAGAUAUUGCCAAGACAUUUGUUCAGACUCAGACCAAACGCGAUAUAUCAGCCAAUCCUGUCAAUCGUACCAAGCUCAAAACGCGGAGCGACGAAGAGUACUAUAAAAGCACCUAUGAUGCAUUGCUCAAGAUUUACAAGGCCAAGGGCGUUCGAGGGCUAUACCAAGGUCUUCCUGCUUCACUUCUGGCUGGCUUCCUACAAAGCUUCUCGUACUUCUUUUGGUAUAGCGUCGUCCGCAAAAUUUUCUUCAGAUACAAGCUUCUCCGGGGCAAAAUCCCGAAAUUCUCUACUCCUGAGGAGCUCGUGUUGGGAAUUUUGGCCGCUGCUGUCUCUCAACUCUUCACAAAUCCGAUAGGUGUCAUCUCCAAACGUCAACAGACUAUCUCGAAAUCGGAGCGUACCGGGUUCGAAGACAUUGUGAAGCAAAUAUAUGACGACGAAAAUAACUAUACAGGGUUUUGGAAGGGUUUGAAAGUUUCUUUGAUCUUGACUGUCAAUCCCUCUAUCACUUACGCCUCUUACGAAAGACUCAAAGAUCUGUACAUCACAACGGCCACCAGCAUCCACCAAAAUGAGCUUCUCGACUCCUCGGCUCAGCUCACUCCACGGCAAAACUUCAUCCUUGGGGUCAUGUCAAAAAUGAUCUCGACUAUCGUUACUCAGCCGCUAAUAAUUUCGAAAGCAUGGCUACAGCGGGCAAAUUCGAACUUCAAAUCGUUCCAAGAGGUUCUUAUCUACCUGUAUCAGAAUGAGGGCGUAUUAUCACUGUGGAAAGGUCUCGCUCCUCAGAUCUCCAAGGGGGUUAUAGUACAGGGCUUGAUGCUCAUGUUCAAAGGCGAGCUGACGAAACUCAUGAGACGUUUUUUCUUGUACUUGAGACUGCUGCGAAGCUCAAAUCAACAGCUGAAAGUUUAG